ACAUGGGCGGCUCCCACAGACUUCAUAGCAAAUUCUGGUAUUAACCUAAACAAUAAUUUUUCUAAUUUUUAACACAUUUCACGAGGUGAAAUUCUUUGUCUGCAUUCAAAUUCAUUGAAUCCAUUGCUUAUAAUAAUGGUGGAGAUGAAGUAAACAAGAUAAUCUCUGCUUUUGGCAUUCUAUCCUCUGCAGAGAAGGCGUUAGCAGAAACUGAAAUCAAUUGACGGAUCCAAAAUGGGCGCGGUGAGAAACGCACUGAAAUUAGCGUUUGCAAGGCGCUAUGGAACUGCCUCUCAGCAGCAAUUUACUAGGCCCAAUUUCAACAUCAAGAAGGAUGUCACUGAGCUGGUAACGAGGACUCCCCUUGUGCAACUCAACAGAGUAACAGAGGACUGUGGAGCUCAAAUUGUGGCUAAGAUGGAGAUGAUGCAGCCUUGCUGCAGCGUCAAGGAUCGGGUUGGGUACGCCAUGAUAAAAGAUGCAGAGGACAAAGGGCUUAUUUCCCCUGGCAAGACAAUACUUGUGGAGCCAACUUCUGGAAAUAUGGGGAUAGGGUUGUCGUUUGUAGCAGCAGCGAAAGGGUACAAGCUCUUACUCACAAUGCCCUCCUACACUAGCCUCGAACGGAGAGUAACAAUGCGGGCCUUUGGGUCUGAACUUGUGCUUACGGACCCUGACAAGGGCAUGGGCGGCGCCGUCAAGAAGGCAGGCCAGAUUCUGGAGAGCACUCCUGAUGCCUUCAUGCUUCAGCAGUUCGAGAAUCCUGCCAAUGUUAGGGCCCACUUUGAGACCACAGGUCCAGAGAUCUGGGAAGAUACCCUUGGUCAGGUAGAUAUCUUUGUGAUGGGAAUUGGGAGUGGAGGAACUGUCUCCGGUGUGGGCAGAUAUCUCAAAUCCAAGAAUCCCAAUGUCAAGAUUUAUGGACUUGAGCCAGCUGAAAGUAAUGUAUUAAAUGGUGGAACACCAGGUCCACAUAGUAUAACCGGUACCGGUGUUGGAUUUAAGCCUAAGAUUUUGGACAUGGAUAUUCUUGAUGGAGUUGUAGAGGUUACAAGUGAAGAUGCUAUAAAAAUGGCAAGAGAACUAGCUGUGAAGGAAGGCCUUAUGGUUGGAAUCUCUUCAGGGGCUAAUACUGUUGGAGCACUUAAUUUGGCAAGAAAACCAGAAAAUCGCAAUAAACUUAUUGUGACUCUACACCCAAGUUUUGGAGAACGAUAUUUAUCAUCGAUACUAUUCCAAAAACUAAGAGAAGAAGCUGAAAUGAUGCAACCAGUGCCCGUGGACUAAUAGUGCAAGAUUUAUGAUAUGAAAGGGAAUUAAACAAAUGCUAAAAUGUUUUAUGUAGAAAAUAUAUUUAAAUGAUAGACUUAUUAAAAUUAGUUUUUCUUCUUCUAGGAGAGUACUUUCUCCUAUAAAACUUCAUAAUAACUUUUCUUAAAUAUAAGUAUUGAUGAUCACUA